AUGACUUCACCUAAAGACAGAGUACUACUGAUUGGCAGCGGUGGUAUUGGUACGAUUGCUGCUCUGAACCUCGAAAGAGGAGGUUUGGCUGAAGUCACGUCUGUUUUGCGGUCCAAUUUCCAAGUCGUGCGCACCAAGGGAUUCACGAUCAGGUCUUGCCAGCAUGGCGAUAUUCACAAUUGGCGGCCUACUGAAAGCUUGGAUGCUAUACCGAACAGAUACGAUGCGCAGGGCCGGCCAUUCGACUAUAUCGUUUGCUGCACCAAGAAUAUUCCAGACAUUAUCCCUACGUUAUGCGACAUCAUUGCGCCUGCAGUCACUCCCGGCCAUACGGCCAUCGUCUUGAUACAAAAUGGUCUGAAUAUCGAAAGACCGUUUAUUCAUCGAUUUCCGAACAAUGUUAUCAUAUCUGGUAUCAGCAGAAUCGACGCCCACGAAGUCGCACCUGGUGUCAUCGAGCAGAAACAGAACGACCUUCUACACAUCGGAGCUUUCAAUAACCCGUCCUUGCAUCUGAAGGUACAAGAAGCGGCGGCGAAGCGCUUCGUAGAAAUCUACAGCAUGGGAGGCAAAACGACAUGUCUGUACCAACCAGACGUCGAUUUUGACCGCUGGAGCAAGUUGGUGUACAAUGCUUCCUUCAACCCGAUUUGCGCGUUGGCUCGCCUGAACACUGGCGAGCUGCAGAGAACAGGCAGAGUUGUGGACACUCUUGUAAUCCCCGCGAUGAAAGAAGUUCUGGCUGUAGCGGAAAAGGCAGGACACGCCCUUCCGGAAAGCAUUAUAAAUGAUACAAUCAGGAGCAACCCGAUAAACGAUAAUAUUACCCCGAGUAUGCAAAUAGAUCUGGAAAAGGGUAAUUUUAUCGAACAUGAGAAUAUCAUCGGGGAGGUGGUCCGAGAAGGUCACGAGAGAGGAGUAGCUACACCGGUAUUAUCAAUUUUGUACGAACUAUGCUGUGCAGUGCAGUGGAAGCUCAAGGGAAAGGGAAAUGACCUGACAGUUGAUGCUUGCAUCGCGGGCCUUUCCUCGAGAUUCGCUCCUCGCUUGUCGUCACCGCAAACACCUGCAGCAGCACCAAAUCUUGGCUUAUUGGACCUGGAACUCAUGCAUAAUUUCUGCACGUCGACUUACGCCACUCUGAGUAAUGACUCGGCGAUAAGAGAUCUCUGGCGCAUUCGGAUCGUCAGGCUUUGCUUAAACUGUGACUACGCCAUGUUGGCAAUCUUAUCCGUGUCAGCACUCCACCUGAGCCAUUUCUCAACGGAGAGGAGAGAAUUCCUCCGCGAAAGAGCUAUAACGUACCAUAACCAGGCGCUUAGCAUUGCCUCUGCGUUUAUCGACGCGUACAAUGACAAAAAUGCCCAGCAUCUGUUUGCCUUCUCCAUUUUAACUAUCUACUAUUCUUUCGCUCAGACCCCACAGCAUGACGACGGGCCAUACCCUCCUUGGGUAGUCCUGAUAAAAGGCUGCACCAGUUUUAUUGCAUUGGCUCGGAGCACCCUCUUAGUUGGACCUUUCUCAGCUCUGUUGCAAAAGGCUCGAAGGCGUUUGGAACUCAGAGAGCAAACCUUCAAAACCGACUACAUGCAGCAGUUGAGGUUCUUUGUGGACGAGACGAUCACAGAUUCAGAGCGGCGUUUAGUUUAUCACGAUGCGAUUCACGGAUUGAACCAGACUUAUGGUUCGCACAGAAUGCGAGAUGCGAAAAUAGCAAAGGGAUACGGUCAUCGUGUCGAAGUGGAGGCUGGGCUGCGACCCGCACAUCAACCUCGAAAUCGCUUCCAGUUGAAGUUGCAAGCGAAGAUGGAGCUUUUCCCACGGAUUGACACACUUGCCGACGGCAAGUUAGACUUUAAGCUGUACCGGUACACACCUUCUUUCCCUGCAGCCAUCGUCGCUACGGUCAUCUUCGCGAUACUUUCCUGCCUUCACAUUUGGCGCCUCAGCAAAGCCCGAGCCUGGUACUUUAUUCCGUUUACAAUCGGCGGCGCUUUCGAAACCAUCGGCUACGCUGCCCGAAUUGUAUCCCAUAACAACAAGGAGUCUGUGCCUGCCUACAGCGUUCAAGCGAUCCUCAUCCUCGUUGCGCCCGCCCUCUUCGCCGCCUCCAUCUACAUGAUACUCGGCCGAAUCAUCAUCUCCCUCCGAGCCCAACAUCUGUCAUUGAUUCCCGUUCGCUGGUUAACAAAGGUCUUUGUCUGUGGUGACAUCGUAUCCUUCUCGCUACAAGCAGCUGGAGGCGGUAUCCAAGCGUCUGGCACUAUCGAGGCAUAUGAUAGAGGAGAGAAGAUCAUACUCGCUGGUUUGUUCAUUCAGAUCGUGGUGUUUGGUUUCUUCGUUAUCACCUCGGGUUUGUUCCACAGGAAGUGUCUCAAGAACCCAACACUGGCAGCUAGAGAAAAUGCCUUCCCGUGGAAACUUGACCUCAAGGUCUUGUAUACUGUCAGCAUUAUUAUCCUGGUUCGAAGCGUCUUUCGUGUCGUCGAAUAUCUACAGGGCAACGGCGGCUAUUUAAUUUCUCACGAGGUCUUUCUUUAUGUCUUUGAUGCAAUUUUGAUGGCGAUUGUCAUGGUUAUUUUCCUCAUUUGGUAUGUUGACCACCUUCAAUACAAGGACGGCAACGAAUACGAUCUUGAACCUUGUGUUGUCAAUGAGACAAACUCAUCUUGA